AAAGGCGAGCGGGGCGGGGCCCGGGCAGCACGUGCGGCGCCGCACGUGGCCGCGUGGCGCCUGCCCUGAGCCCGCCUUGGUGGAGAGGCUGAGCCGGGAAGCCAGGAGCUCAGAGCCGCCGAGAGGAGCUGGUGAGUAGAUCGCUGCGGAGGGAGCCUCCGCCUCGGAGCCCCGGCCCGGAUCCUGCCGGCUGAGGGGCUCAGAGCCCCAAUCCUGCUUUUAUAUAUACUGUAUAUACUAAUAUAUGUACUAUAUACUAUAUAUACUAUAUAUUUAUUAUAUACUAUUCUAUAAUACGAGUGUAAAUAUAUAUGUAUAUAUGUAUGGUGCUUUUAGAAUUGAGGCAGGUUUUCUCCAUCUGCGGAACAUCGUUCGCGGCGAUGGCGAGCCGCCUCUGGGCGCGUGCAGAGUGCACUUUCUGAUUUCAGAGCUUUCGGUGCAGCAGUGGGGGAUAUGGGAAGGAGGAGGAAUCCGGAUUAUCUCUCCGUUCCUUUAAUUUUCGGGAACUCGUCGGUCGUCUGGUGGUGUUUCCUACCUCUGCAUUGGGGAGAUCGGGGUCGGGGGCGGCGGAUGAAUCGGGGCCGGCGAAGGAGGCGAAAGGGGUCGGAUUAGUGGUAUGGGGAAGGAUCGGGAGAAAUUUAUGUACAGUCGUCCCACCCAAAGCGCCCCCUUUUAGGUCAUUAGGAUUGGAAUUGACAUCUGAACUGACGUCACAACCAUUUAUGUCAGAAGAAAGUCGGUUUGAGUUUUGUGGGGCUUUGAUUCCCAGGUUGGCCGGGGGUCUAGGAUUGCAUACUUACCUGGGAGCAAAGUCGAAAUGGACGGCUAGCCAGCUUGGAUCCUAUGCAGCUACUGACUUAUUUGUGACUUGUUUAAUUUUUGCAGUGUAGAUACGUAAUUUUUUUGAAAUAUUUGCAGUUGUGCUCAAAGAAAGGAAUGCGAUUUGACUUCAUUUGCAGCGCUUUGGGGCGCCCUCCCUAUAAAUGUGCAGAUAGACUAGCGUCUGUUCUUUUUACUACGCCUUUUGCAAAUAAAGCAUUUUAUUGUAUGCUAUAAACUUGCGAACACUAGUCAUAAAAUCUUAAGUCCUGCCUGGAAAAGGAUUUGCAGGCUCUGUUGGGUUGAUGUCUGCAGACUUAUUUAAAAAAUAAUAAUAAUAUGAGCAUGUUCUGGUAUACCUUAAAAAUUUGCCAGUCAUUUAAUGCUUUAGUGUCGCAGGUUUUGUCAGCAGAUGCAUAGAUAACUUUCACUGAUGCUAAAAGUAUAGGUGGAUCCUGACCUGUUUGCUGAAAUUCUUUGCUUGCCGGCUCAAAAAUAAGUCCAAAUGGGUCCAGAUCCCUGUGAAUGGUUACAGACUCUUGCUUUUAUUUGGCUUUGUGAAAACACCUUUUAAGAUUUCUUUGUGGGUAUAUAUAUAUAUAUAUUAAAUAUUGGCUUUAUAGCUAUAGCAGCCUGCAAGUUCAUCGAUAGCUGCUUGCCUGUGGCGCUUAGGACCAGCCGACCAGACAGAUAACAUUUUUGCAAACUGGGAGAAAGUUUGGGUUCUGUGUAUUUCUCACACACAAUCUCACUUUCCUGGCAUUAUCCGGGCACUUCCAGGAAUAGAGAGAGCUCAUGGAAGUUGUUAGAUACAUUCACAAGGAUGGCAUCCUGCGUUCAAUGAAUUCUACAGUUGGUGUCGUGUUGCUGAUUUACUAUUAUUAAGUAAUAAUAUUAACCUUCACUGCCACAAGAUGUGGCAACAGCAGUGAGAGGUUAGACAAGUUUGUGUCUAAUAAUUUGAUGAGUGGCUAUUAACUAGAACAGCUAAGUAGAGCCUCUCUGUUCAGGAGCAGUUUAGCACUGAAGUCCAGCUUCUCCAUGACCCACUUGUGGGCUUUCUGGAAACCCACUUGUGGGGUUGGUGGCCGCUGUGGAAAAACGGGAUGCUAAGCUUUUUCAGUCGCAAGCUGUUGUAGUAGCAGCAGCAGAAAGGGUUCCUUCUCGUGCACCUGAUCCUGUGCAUGCUUACUCGGGAGUAAGCCCUGUUGCUGCCUUUGGAAACUCUUUGUGCUCCUACUAGCAACACUCAAAACCUGCCUGCCUGCCCUGCAGCACAGACUUCAGGCAUGCUUUUACCCAGGAGUAAACCUCACUGGCUUCAGUGGGGCUUUCUCUGAAGUAAGCGUGCAGCUUUGCAGCAGCAAAAAAAGGGUGUGCACUUGUUUAUUGACUGAUAAGUGAAUCGCACCUAUAGGAUUUACUCCAUAUUCUGUGCUCGUUUUUCUGGAAUUUGAGUGAUACCUGAUUUUUAUCCUUAUUUAUCAUGAGCAUGCCAACCACCAGAAAUAGGUAAGAAUCAUAAGAAAUUGAAGGUGGUUUGGGGAUCAGCCAGUACCUAUUCCCAGUUCAGUGCUGGGAAUUUCCAGCAUCCCUGACAGAGGUCCGGUCUCUGUUGCAACAUUCCUGGAGACUGUCUUGCCUCAUAUUCCCUGACCUUGUUGGGUAGCAAGACAAAUUCCAGAGAGCAAGUGUUAGGGCUCCCUGUUCUCUCUUUUUUGGUGUGCGUAAAAUCAAAUUUUGUGGCCCCUAGCCCCCUCCUCCUCCAUGAAUUUGCCCAAUCCUCUUCUAAAGCUGUCUGGGUUAGUGGCGAUCGCUGCCUCAUGUGGCAGCGAGUUCCACCGUUUAUGCUCUGCACAAAGAAGAGCUCAGAUCUUCUUGGGCAACAGAGGGUUAAGCCACCUUCUGAUUUGCUGAUGAAUGGAUCUGAUUUACUGGGAGGGCUGUAUGCAUGAAUGGGGAACCGGGAAGCAUAAGGCCAAUGGGAUUUGCAGCUUUGGUAUCCAGGAAAAGCAAGGCAAAAGGAGGAUCUUUUUAAAAACAAACCAAAGGCUUUCUCGCUGAUGUAAUUAUUUGUGGGGGGGAAAUGUGUGCGGCAGAAAAUCUCUGCCCCUUUGAUAGUCUGGCUGCAUUUGUCUGUUGGCUGCGCAUCAUCGGAGGCAGGAGGUGGGGGCACAUGGUCUGCUUGCGUAGAGAGAAGCCCAGGCGCCCGGCCGAUGUGCUCAGAGUCACUAGCCCAUCCCAAACGCCCGCAUUAAGUGCGCAGAGUUCCCUCGGACCAAUGGCUUUAUUUCCGUUGCAGCAUUUCCCGCAGUGGCUUAUCUCACGCCCCCGUGGGAAACUCGCAAGUAGGAUUUGAACCCAAGAGCAUCUCUCUUCCCUUCUGUUGUUUCCAUAAACUGCUUUUAGAAGCCUCCGCCUGUGUUGCGACUAGGAGCCAUCGGAAGCCCUCCCCUCCUCCUAAAUUGCUGGCCAUCUCUGGGAGGGAGUUCCAUAGUUUAACUGAGUGAAGAAGGGCUUUUUAACUGUCCUGAAUUCGAGUUCUGGUGUUCCGAGAGAGGAGAAGGGAGAAACCCGUUUCUCUGCCCACUUUCUCUGCACCGUGCAUCAUCGGUUCUGGGUUCGAGUCCUGAAGGCGUCUCCCGGAAGGGCUGGCUGGGAGACUCCCUCCCUGGAACCCUGGAGCGCUGCUGCCAGUCAGUGUCUGCUGAGCUGAGUGGACCCAGUGAGCUUCCUUUGCUCCUAUUUAAAGCUAGCCCUUUGCUCAGGAUCCUGAGGACUAGAAAGUUAGUUUAUAUCAAUGGCUUUAACCUUACCCACCCAAACCUAUAAACUUUAUUUCUCUGUCCACUCAGUGCAACAAGGGUGGAGGGCAUUUUCACAGGUGCAUAUUCUCCGAAACCACAAGAGACCUGUCUAUUUUACGGAUCGGAUAGGCUUAUAUCUUCGACCCCAGAGGGUUGGGAGAACCCAAAUUAUCUAAGGGCUGUUGGGAAGGAGGAAGACCUCCUGGGAACGCCCCAGGUUGUCUCUGCGCAGGAGUAAGCCCAGUGAAAUCAAAUACCCCUAACUUUAAUUUGUCCAUUUUGGUGGGUCUACUCUCGAGUAGGGCUUAUUUGGAGCCUAAGCUCCGAGUUGCAUUCCCCCCCACCCCCAAAUCUAGUGGCAGCUGAGCUACUCACAUUGGUUAACCAGAGUGGGUCUACUCUGAGCAGGAGGAGCAGCUGUGGGAGGCUGCCCUCUGUUCUUUGAAUCCUUGGCGGAGCCCGACUUGGCACCGAUCCUUGACCUACUUUGACGGGAUGCGUGGCCUGCCACGAGGCUGGCUGUUGUUCAGGAAGCGCGCCGUGGAUCCAAACCCCUGGAGGACAGGGCGCGGGUGCAAAUCUCUUCCUCCGCUUUUCAAGCUGGUUGUUACGGUCAGUCCUGGGGAGAACACAGUGGGCAAUUAGCAGGGCAUCUUGUGUGCAGAAGUCGUGGCGUCACCGGGUUGUGGCACCCUCUCUCUCUCCCCCCCCCCCAAUACUCUGUGGGCUCUGCCCGGGUGGCUGUGCAUGAGAUCUUCCCACAAGUGACGGUGCAGCGACACCCCUUUGAGGUCGGGCUACAGUGGAUCGAGUUUCUCUCCCAACGCCAGAACCCUGGGAGAUUCGGGGAGGAUAGGAGAAAGGACUUCUUCGCGCAGAGUUCAACUGCGGAACUCACUGCUACUGGAUGCAGCGAUGUGCACCAGCUUGGAUGGUUUUAAGAGAGGAUUGGACAAAUUAAAUGCAGGAAGAGAAGGCUACCGAUGGCUGCCAGCCAGGGUGGCCGUGCUCUGUCAACACAGCUGGAGGCAGCGGCGCUUUUCAAUGCCGGUUGAUGGACGCUGCGUUGCUCCUGUGUUUGGGUCCUGUUUGAGAUUUCCCCUUGGGGCAUUUGGUUGGCCACUGUGAGAACAGGAAGCUGGACUAGUUGAGUCACUGGACUGAUUCAGCUCUUCCGGUGUUCUUAUGGAACCUCCAGGUCCAGGGGCAGUCUAUCUUGCUUCCCAGCUUUUGGGGGGUGUUUGGCCACUGUGAGACCAGGAUGCUGGUCUGGAUGGGCCGGUGGCCUGAUCCAGCUUGCAAAAUGGCUGCUUAGCCACACAAAAAAAGUGCUUCGCCAUUUAUUUAUUUUAUGUAGUUAUUUACGUUUUUUAAAGUCAGCUGGCCUGUGCUGACUAAAUUACUAAUGUAAUUAGUAAUUACUAAUGUAAUUAGUAACUACUAAUGUAAUUACUAAUUUAGGUUGGAAGGGUCUGUCUUUUGAGGAAUUACUUAAAACUUGGGUGCAGAAUCCAAGUGUAUUUUAAUUUUUUUAUCUUGUUCUAAUUCUACUAGAGUGUAGUUACUUUUACCAGUUGUCUUUUGUACAUUUUUAGCUUUUUUAUAUUUUACCUGUCUCCUUUUAAUUUGUGCAAGCCGUCUUGAGUCUCAAUCUGGGGGGAAAGGCGGGAUAUAAACCAACAUUUAUUUAUUUUUUGUUUCACAAGAUUUACGCUGUUUGAUCAUCCAAAAAACCUCAGAGUGGUUUACCAAGGGGAGAAAACUUGUCAGUAAAGCAACUCUUUGCUGAUUAAUAUUCUACAUCCCUUUAAAUUGUGCUUGUGAGAGUAGGGAUAAUGGGCUUGUUCUGUUCUUGUGAUGCAUAUUUUGUUUUUAGUUUGUGUUGUUGUGCUGUGAGCCACCCUGAGCUCUUCAGAGGAAGGGUGGUUUGCACAUUUAAUAAAUAGGCAAAAUAAAUAAAACCGGGAAUAAAUAAACUAAAAAACAGACUGGAACAUGCCUUAGCAUUCCACCUGCCUGUACAGAAGCUCGUCAAAACAAAAAAAGGGUUUUAGCAGGCUCCGAAAAGAGCCAUUUGCCUGAUGUCAACAGGCAGCAAGUUCCAAAAGUGCCAUGUGAAAAAUCGGUUAUUGUUGUUAGUAACAAUGCUAAAUGUUUUCUUAACUGCCUGUCCGCAAGCUGCGUUGGUUAACUUUCCCCGUGUCUUUCCUUUGCUGCAGAUAUAUCUCAAUGGCAGCCAUGGAUUCUUCCUCAAAGAGCGUCUCUUCCGGCGAGUCUCUGUACUCCGUUGAAAGCGCCACGAGCGAGGACGACGACGACCGCAGCGCCGACUUUGACGUCUUCUCGGACGGCGGGAGCGACGCGGAGAAGGAGUCGGGGCCCCUGAAGCACCGUAGGGGUGCCUACCCAAGCCGGCAGCCUUUCCUCUUCUCCCCGGAACCGCUGGGGCGGACUACUCCAAGCCUGCCUUGCCGGGAGCGCAAUCGCCGGACGAGGAAGCCGCUUGGCUUGCUGGCUGCGGCCAGACUGCGGCCUACGGGACCUUGCUGCCGUCACCCGGCGGCCCUCGACGAAGCGUACUAUAGCCGCUUGGCGGAUACGGGCGGCGGCCUGCGGAGGAAUCCCGCGAGCCGAAGACGGGCAGAGAGCGGCAGGUGCCAGAAUGGGGGCGUCCAGCCCCACCCAUACGCAGCGCAGCCGCCUCUCCGUGGAGUAAAGAGGCAGAGGAACCAUGUGGCGGACCGCGAGGAUGUACGCUCUCCUUGCUGGACCGAGAGGGACCAUAUCUUCGCACAGAAGGUCAGUGGCCAAAGAUGGCGGAGUCAGUCGAUUCACAAAAUCAAAACGCAAGCUUAUAGUCCUCAGGAUGGCUGGGGAGUGCAUAGGUGAUUCUAGGGCUAGGCGAUACCCUCCAAAAAUCGGUCCGAAGUCCACAUUGUGAUACCAGUUUCAUAAUUUCCGGCCUUUCGAUGUACAGUGGUACCUCGGGUUACAGACGCUUCAGGUUACAGACUCCGCUAACCCAGAAAUAGUACCUCAGGUUAAGAACUUUGCUUCAGGAUGAGAACAGAAAUCGGGCUCUGGCGGCGCGGCGGCAGCUGGAGGCCCCAUUAGUUAAAGUUGUGCUUCAGGUUAAGAACAGUUUCAGGUUAAGGACGGACCUCCGGAACGAAUUAAGUACUUAACUUGAGGUACCACUUUAUCGCAAAUCAUCACGUUUGUGUGCUGGGCCAAAAUCACACUGUGGGAACGAGCGUGGAGUCAGCCGAUGCCUUAUUUAGCUGAUGAUAUAUCAUGAUGUUGGAAGACAGAUAAAUUCGUUUCUUGGAUCACAAACGCCUUGGCUUCCAAACGAUCAAAACCCGGAAGUGAAUGUUCCGGUUUUUGAACGUUCUUUUGGAAGCCCAAUGUCCGACGCAGCUUCUGAUUGGCUGCAGGAGCUUCCAGCAGCCGAUCAGAAGCCGCACAUUCCGAACAUUUUGGAAGUCGGAUGGAGUUCCGGAAUUGAUUCCGCUCAACUUCCAAGAUACGACUGUAUUGCCCAGCCCUUGGCGAUGCCAAGCGAUAUCGCAACAGCGAGAGAGAGGGCGUUGUGAGCAGGAUUUGUCGUGCUUACGGGGUUGAGCGUCCUGCGUGCAAUUUUCCUGUCUCUGUAACUAAGAGGAGGUGCUCAGUUAUAAAAAAAUAAUGAGAAUGAACGUGCUUGGUAGUAAAAUCAAUUUUAAAAAUCAACUUUAAAAAUUAGUUAAUGCCGUAUAUGUUAUGUAAAAAGGGAGAAACCAUUCUUAUUUUGCUCAGUUUGUGCAGAGGACCCAUUACUUUGCAUUUCUUAGAAUUGUGGAUUUGCAGAGGGUGAAGGGACACCCAGGGGUCAUCUAUUCCAACCCCCUGCAAUGCACCGGGUUGGUCCCUGAAUUACAGGUUCCUGCCUGGUUCAGCCUGCUGACGCUUCUCUCCUUUUAUCCCCCUGUUUUCCACAGUGCUUGGAACUCCAGGGCUUCAUCCAUCCGUUGGUGGAGCUUCUCAACCGGCUGAAGAUGGGCCGCUUCGACCGAGGUAAGAAAGUCUGGCAGCUGGAUGUUUUGAGUUGUUGAGGAAAUUCAGCUUCCCCUUCCCCGCCCCUCUUCUUUUGGUUCGGAUUUGAGCAUCUGUUUGUGUGGUCCCAGCCAGGUAUGGGGCAAGGCUUGAAUUGGAGAUGUACAAGGAAGCAUCUCCACUUUGGAACUCCCUGCCACUUGAAUAUCAGGCUGGCGCUUUCACUGCACUCUUUUCAGUGCCUGCCGGAAACGUUUUUGUUUAGACAAGCCUAGAUCCUGACAUGCAGAACGUUGAGACUCCUUCUAAUCCGUUUUUAGUCUAAUGUAGUUUUUAACUUUUCAAAAGCCUUAGAAUUCAGCCUUUCUCAACCUGUGGGUCCCCAGAUGUUGUUGAACUACAACUCCCAUCACCCCUAGCUAGAAAGGCCAGAGCUCAGGGAUGAUGGGAGUUGUAGUCCAACAACAUCUGGGCACCCACAGGUUGAGAACCACCGCCUUAGAUUGUUGUUAACCUUUUUUAAAAAAAAUUGUAAACCACUUUGAGGGGUUCCCCCCUCCCCAUCAUAGAAUUCUAGAGUUGGGACCCCUGAAGGUCCUCUAGUCCAACCCCUGCAGUGCGUUGGUUCUGUAAAUCUUAUAAAAUAAAAAGGCAGCAUCAGUUUUGUGGCUGUCAGGUAUGUGCUGUAAGCUCUUCCUUCCUGUUGGCUGGACUUGGAGCCAUCCACAGAAAACUUGUUCUAAGUUCCCGUUUACGGGAUGAAAGGGAAUCCUUUUUGCAAGGCCGCCCUGGAAGAUUCUCAGUUCUGUUCUUCAGUUUGCUGCCUUAAAAGCUCCAAAGGGCACAGAAAGCUGUCUCACCAAGAGUCAGGCCGCCACACCAUCUAGCUAGUGCUGUCUACACUGACUGGCAACAGCCCUCCAGGGCUUUUUGGGGCGUCACAGUCUUGCCAGUGCUAUUGCAAGAGAGGUGAGCAGGGUUCGCGAACGCUUUCGCUGUUUCUCUGCAAGGGAAGAAUAGGAAAAGUGUAGAGUGUCGGAGGAGGAUAAGAGGAAAGGUCUUUUUUUGAGGGGUGGGGUGCAAAGAAAAAAAGGUGAGGAUUUAGCCAUUGUCAUUCCGCUGGAGGAAGUUACGCCGAAAAGUUUUGCAACCCGGUUUUCAUUGCUGAGGCGAAUCCAGGUGUGCGGCCCUCAGAGCUUCUGUUUCUGGCCCUCGGGACGCUCCCCGAGGCCAUGGCCCCCUCCCAGCCCUGGGCUUUCUCCCCGGUCCUGUAGCAUUUUCACCUGGCUUGGAAAUCCACCCUUGAGCUCUGAGGACGCAGCUACUGCUGCCUGAUGGAAGUGUGUGUACUAGCUAGUCUAAAUUUGCACCCCUGGCUGGGAAUGUCCCCAGCCUGCAGCCUUGGGAGAGCUGCUGCCAGUCCGUGUAGGCAGUAUUAAGGUAGUUGAGCAAAGCAUCUGUAUAAUACAGCUUCCUAUCUAAAAUCUGAACCAUGAGGACUAGAAACUUGCUUUAUGUUUAAGGAAAGAGCUGUAGGUCAGUCGAGGAGCGUCACACCGAGCCCAACGGACCUAGAGUCCGACUCAGCAGGAGGCAGCAUCCUCUGUUCCCAAUUCAUUCAGCGCUGCCUUCAUGAGGACUAGAACCAUGCUGUUAUUUUGUGGCGAGCACAAAGCGCCAGGUUCAAACCUUAGCAUUUCCAGAUGGGGCUAUGGAUAGACUCCCUGCCUUGGAACCCUGGGGCUUUACUGCCGGCCAGUGCCAAAAACACUCAUCUAGGUAGGCCCGAGGAUCUGACUCUGUCUAAGGCAGCUAGCUCCCUGUGGCCUCUCAGCGGGUGUUCCCAGCUGAGCAGAUGCAACCUUUCCACAUGGCAGGGGCCUUCAUUGCAUAUCUUUAGGCGCCUGGCAAAAACGUUCCUCUGGCGCUGUGGGUUAAACCACAGAGCCUAGGACUUGCCGAUCAGAAGGUCGGCUGUUCGAAUCCCCGUGAUGGGGUGAGCUCCCGUUGCUCGGUCCCUGCUCCUGCCAACCUAGCAGUUCGAAAGCACGUCAAAGUGCAAGUACAUAAAUAGGUACCGCUCCGGUGGGAAGGUAAACGGUGUUUCCAUGCGCUGCUCUGGUUCGCCAGAAGCGGCUUAGUCCUGCUGGCCACAUGACCUGGAAGCUGUACGCUGGCUCCCUCGGCCAAUAAAGCGAGAUGAGCGCCACAACCCCAGAGUCGGCCACGACUGGACCUAAUGGUCAGGGGUCCCUUUACCUUUAUCUAAUAAUAAUAAGUAAUGCCUAGUAAUAAUAAGAAUUCCUGCAUGGCAGGGGCUGGGAUAUCUUCCAGCUCCAAAAUCGUUCUCACGCACUGCCUGCUCCCAUUCCCCAGAUGGUAAAUUUCGAGGUCUGUAAGGGGACACUUUUUGAUGGGGGACGCAGUGAGUGAGUCCCCUGGCUGCUUGCUUUAACAUGAUGCUUCCUGUCUCUGUGAACCUUUAUUGAUCAGGAGAGGACUUUGAAUGCCCAGGAAAGGUGGACUAAUCUUUCUCUCUCUCUGUCUUUGAUUUUUCCAGGGCUAAGCAGUUUCCAGCAGAGUGUAGCCAUGGACCGCAUCCAGCGCAUCAUUGGUGUUCUCCAGAAACCAGAAAUGGGGUAAGAACCUGGCAGCAAAGGGGGAGGAAGGAAUCCCCUCCGGUUCGGCUUUUAAAGGCUGAUUUAACCUUUAAAUGGGAGGGAGUUCCGUAGUUUACGCUCUUUGUGGAGAAGUGCUUUUCUUUUUCCAAUCAUUGAAUUCGUUGAAUCGCCAAGAGUUCUAGUCUUACGAGAAAAGGAGGAAAAAGCUCCUCUGUCCAUUUCGUCCAUGCCAUGCAAUUCCCCUAAAAAUAAUAGCAAGAUUCUAGUCCUCAUGGUAUGAAAGAAUGGACCGAUUCAAUGAGGAAUUGUGGAAUUUGCCUGAUGCUAAGUCAGGCUCUUGAUCCAUCUUUCUCAAGAGUUUCUCAAACUGGGGUCUCCAGCUGUUUUGGGACUACAGUUCCCAUCAUCCCUAGCUAGCAGGUGAAGGAUGAUGGGAAUUGUAGUCCGGAAACAGAUGGAGGCCCAAGUUUGGGAAAUCCUGAUCUAGCCCAUUGCUGCCAACUGUGUGACAUGACAGCUGCUCUUCGGGGCUUCUGGCUGCCUGGCCCCCAGGUGUUUACGAACUUGUUCUCCUUUUUUUCCUUUCCAGGGAGCGUUACCUGGGUACUCUGCUGCAGGUGGAGAGGAUGCUGAAACUCUGGUUCCCCCACAUCGCCUUGAGGAAUGCGUGCGCUGACUGUGGUGUGGCCGCAACGCAGGAUUCGUGCGAUACAGCCGAGGUGAGAUACAGCAGACUCUCCCCCUUCCUCUUUCCUGUAUUUCUUUUGAGCAAAAAUAAUCAGCCACUAUCUUGUUUUUUUUGUUUGAUUUUAUUUUGUUAGAUCGUUUUUAUUAAUUUUCCAAUAAAAAAGAUCCAAUUAACAUAUCAAACAAUCCAAUUAAAAUAAAAAAAAAUUAAAAAGACCAAAUUAUAAUUAUUAAUUUUUCAGGACUUCCCAUAGUCUGGACCUUGAAGCAUAUCUCCAAAUCUCAAUCCUGCCUCUCUUUGUUGUUUCCAUAUUUUCCACAUCUUGAUUUUUAACUCUUUACUAUCAUGAAUCGGUUGGUUGAGGUCUUAGGCUCUGGAGCAGCAGACACAGGCUUGCUCCAUCUUCCCUGGAACAACCUUUCACGUGUUUGAAGGUCGCUUCUCUGCCUUCUCCAGACUAAACAUACCCAACUCCCUCAACCGCUCCUCAUAAGGCCUGGUUUCCAGGCCCUCGAUCAUCUCAGUCACCCUGCUCUGUCUACUUCCAGGCUUGGCCUUCCUAAAUACUUUUCCCCACUGCAUGGAAAUUCUCCCAGCGUGUAAAAAGCUAGAAGGUCAAGGUUGAAAGGCUUGAUCUUGACAUCACAAACAUUACUAUAUGGGAUACAGAACUCCUCUUGCUGAAAUAAAAUGUGUUAAUACGAAUGGAAGUCAAAAACUCCGUAGCUGUUGAUAAGGGAUUAAGAUCAAGACUGAGUGCAAUUGGAUUAAUUAAAAUUUCGGAAGCAGAGUGAAAUAAAAUUAUCUCGCCUUGAAAUCUAGCACGCAGGAGGCCGCACAAAAUGUAUAAUUGGCUUUAUGAUUGAUAUAUAUUUGAAUUGUAAUCUGAGAUUGAUAAAAGACUGAAGGCAGACCUGUUUCGGGAAGUUUUUAAUGUGUGAGGUUUUGUUGUAUUUUUAAUAUUUUGUUGGAAGCCACCCAGAGUGGCUGUGGAAAGACAGCCAGAUGGGUGGGGUAUAAAUACUUUAUUAUUAUUAUUCAUUUAUUUUAUUGUUUUAUUAUCAUUAUUGUCAUUAUCAUUAUCAUUAUCAUUUUAUUUUAUUUAUUAUUAUUAUUAUUAUAAAAUGUGGUUUAUAUUGGAUUUUAGUAAUUGAAAAUAGAUAAAAAUUACAUGUAUUUACAAAAAACAGGCUUGAUCUUGGCCUGAUCCAACAAGCUCUACUUAGAUUCUCAGUCUUGUGCCUCUCAACCUCUGACACCAUGUUGUUUUUCCUCUUGCGUAGCAGUCAUCCAUGGAGGAGAACCUCCCUGAAACCCGGCUGCCGUCCGCCCAGGGCCCCGCACAAAGCCCCCCCACGGAGGAACUCCACCAGACGCACCUCGGGGACCUGGUUUCCCCCGGCGACAAAACCACCGCUCCGCUGGGGGAGACUCCCCGCUUCCUGGGCGGCGACUGGCCCGCCAUGAACUUGACGUGGAUUCACACCUCGCCCAUUUCGACGCCCCCCUUGGGGAACGCGGACGUGGGCCGGGCCAGUUCCGUCUUCGGGCAGACCCUGCUGGGCCCGAACUGCACUUCCUACGGGCUCGUCGUCUUCCUCCAGAACAACCCCUAUGGCCGCCCCACCUCCUCGACGCCCGCCCAUCUCUCCAUGAGCUGCCGCCACACCAACAGGCUGAACCCGGGCCCAAGGGAGCCACCUCGGUGUCAGAGCCUGCCGGGCGCAACGGCAGCGGGCAGCUGCCUUGGUCAAGGGCCCCAUAGCGGCUUCUCUCGGUCUCUACCCCACUUGCCCACAUCGGGCGAGGGGCACAUGGCGACCAGCGACGGAAGACCCGCCUACCACUGCGAUUCCUGAUGCCCGCCUGACAGGCAUCUCCCGAAAUGUGUGAAUUCUAUUUUAUUUCUCCAUCCCGUUCUCCUCUUCCCUUUUUACAAAUGUUCUGCCUUUUCUUUUUUAACUUAAAAGCAUUUCAUGUGUGUCGGAGGGACAACGCAUAGCCUGGUCUCUGUUCGCCAGGACAGGAGGGCCACAUGUUUGGUUUCAAUAAAAGUCACCGUGAAUGGUUGCCAAAUGAG